AUGGCUCCUGCCGCUACCUCUAUUGCGCCUACCGCACCCCACAACCUCGUCAAGGAUGCCCCUCUACAUAUUUUCCCCGAUGGUCUGAGAACCACAGGUCAGCACGAACCUCUUUACGACCACAUUGUACCCUUCGACAAAUACCCGAAGCAAAUCACGGGCCCUACGGUUUGGAAUCCCGAGGAAUACCGCUCCAACCCGGAGAAAUGGACACAUCAGUUUACGCCAGACCAAAUUGAGGAACUCAGCAACGCAGCUGAUGCUUUCCUUGCAUCCAAGACCCCGCUUACCGGUAUCAGCAAGGGCAACUUCCGUGUACCUGUACUUGCUCCAUACCUCGAGGAGCUUCGGUUGGACUUAAUUGACGGCAAAGGCUUCAUCCUGUUCAAGGGAUUCCCAGUGCGGAAAUGGGGAAACCACAAAUCUGCUGUUGCGUACAUGGGUCUGGGAACGUAUCUGGGUUACUUCGUUAGCCAGAAUAGCCGCGGCCAUGUGCUCGGUCACGUCAAGGAUCUCGGCGAAGAUGCUACACAAAUCGAUAAGGUCCGCAUCUACCGCACGAAUGCUCGUCAAUUCUUCCACGCCGAUGAUUCUGAUAUCGUCGGUCUACUUUGCAUUGCGAAGGCACUAGAAGGCGGCGAGUCAGACCUCGUCUCCUCGCACAAUGUCUACAACACACUAGCUAUUGAGCGUCCCGAUGUGUUGAAAACCCUCACAGAGCCAAUUUGGUACUUUGACCGGAAGGGUGAGACGAGUAAGGGACAGGAAGAGUAUAUCCGUACCAGCGUGGUAUACCUUGAGCGCGGCGAGAACGGCCGUGUUUAUACAAAAUGGGAUCCCUACUACGUCCGCUCCCUAACCCGCUUCUCCGACGCGGGAAUAAUUCCCCCAUUAAGUCCCGCCCAGCUAGAUGCUAUCCAGGUGUUAGAAGAUACCUGCAAACGACUUUCCCUGCACAUGGUGCUAGAUAUUGGGGAUAUUCAAUUCCUGUCUAACGCGCAUAUCUUGCACGCUCGCACAGAGUACACAGAUCAUGCACCUCCUGCGCCGCGCCGACACUUGAUGCGCCUUUGGCUUGCCACACCUGAGAGUGAGGGUGGAUGGAAGUUGCCGUUUUGGGAUAGUAAUGAGAAGAAGAGAGGUGGAAUUCAGGUUGAUGAUCAGGCUCCUGUUGCACCUUUGGAUGCGGAGUAA